AUGCCUCGGACAACAGCUGCGCGGCCGUCGACCGCGGCCGCUGAGCGGCGACAUGUUCCCCUCGCCGAUGAUAUUCUUAAUGCGGGCCAUCUCCGCACCAAAAAAGCUAACAAGCGCAAAUCUCGACAUGACGACGAUGCUGAAGCCGAUGAUCACUAUAUCGACGCCAAAUCCUCCAGGAAGAUUCUCCAGAUCGGUCAGGAUUUAGCUGAGGAAGAAGCUGCCGAAGAGCGCGCCGCGGCUGCAGCUAGACGCCCUGCUGCUACUAAUUCAGCGUUCGAUUUUGAGUCGCGAUUUGGAAGAGAGCUUGAGGAAGGUUCCGAUGAAGAAGAGUUUGGAAAGUUCGGGGAAGAAGAGGACCAGUGGGAAGAUGAGGGAGAGGUAGAAGAGGUUGAAGUUGAUCCGAAUGACCUUGAGAUGUUCCACAAGUUCGUUGGCCGCGACGAUGAAGAUCCUAUUUUUAACCCUAGACAGCCUGGUGAGGAGGAAGAAGGGGAGGGCACGAAUUUAGCAGAUCUUAUCUUAGAAAAGAUCGCUGCAUACGAGGCAAAACAAUCGGGUCAGCCACAGAUAAUUGGUGGAGGUUUGCCGGAAGAUGCCGUGCAGCUGCCAGCCAAAGCAGUAGAAGUAUAUGAAAAAGUCGGCUUCCUCCUUUCACGAUAUAAAUCCGGCCCUCUCCCGAAACCCUUCAAAAUCCUGCCCACGUUACCUCACUGGGAUACAUUGCUCGACAUUACACAACCUGACAAGUGGACUUCAAACUCGAUAUACGCAGCGACUCGGAUUUUCAUAUCUGCCAAACCGCACAUCGCACAGCAUUUUAUCUCCGUUGUGCUUUUGGACCGAGUACGGGAAGAAAUCCGUGAAAACAAAAAGCUCCAUGUGCACAUCUAUAACGCACUCAAGAAAGCUCUCUACAAACCUGCUUGUUUCUUCAAGGGGUUUCUCUUCCCACUUGUCGCCGGAGGCACGUGCACCCUAAGGGAAGCCCAUAUUGUAUCCAGUGUGAUUGCUCGCGUGUCCAUUCCCGUCCUUCACUCCGCCGCCGCACUCCUUCGUCUUUGCGAAAUUUCAGCAGAGCAAACCUCUACAUCACUCACAUCUGAGGGAACAGGCGCUACAAAUAUUUUUAUUCGCGUAUUUCUGCAGAAGAAAUAUGCCCUACCAUAUAAAGUAAUUGACGCUCUCGUAUUUCACUUCCUCCGUUUCCGUGCCGUCCAGCCACAGGAUACCAAUGGCGACACAGAUAUGAACGAUCCCUCGGCAGCCAAAGCACACAAAUUACCCGUUUUAUGGCACCAGUCUCUCCUCGUCUUUGCCCAAAGGUAUAGAAAUGAUAUCACAGAGGACCAGCGCGAGGCACUAUUAGACCUACUGCUUGUUGCAGGACAUAAAGACAUUGGACCAGAGGUGAGACGAGAGCUGUUAGCAGGCAGAGGGAGGGGCGUCAUGGCUCCAGAAUUGCAGCAACAAAAUAAUGGGGGAGAUGAUACAAUGGAUAUGACCAUGUGA